GUUAAUAUCUUUUAAUAUUGAAUAAAAAUAAUCGUAUUGUCUUAACUGGUGUAUGGUAAUUUUUCGUGCAAAAAAUAUGUAACCUACUGUUUCGUGUUUCCUCGUCUACCGCCUGAUUAGGAUCGCCUAGAAAGAAACCGGCUGCAGCAGCCGAGAGGGAGGUCUCGCGCGCGGUCUCGAUUCGCCAUAAUGAGUGUGGCGCGCGCGUUCUUACAUCGCGACGUGCGAAACCACUUUUACUUGGGAUGCACUUUCACUGUUCCGCUCGGCGAUAGCAUCGCGCACGAUUCAAAUCUUUAGAUCGGAGAAUCCCACUACCUCUCGCAGUCGCGCGACCACACCCUCGGCGCGUCGAUGCCUUUCAUAAAUCGUUACCGCUGCAGGCAUCGAUCAUCCGCGUCGAUCACGCUAUAUAACGCCUUUAGUCGUUGACUGCCUGCAACGUUACAUUCUCAGAUUUGUGGUUCGUUGUUACCGCAAAAAUGUUACCAAGCAUUUUUCUGUCUUUUUUAUAGAAAUUCUUGAUUUUAUUGAACAAGUAACAGAGACUUCUCGUAAUGAAAAUAUAUACUUUAAAAGAAUUUACCGCCGUUGUUAUUAAAAACCAACUAUUUAAAAAGAAACUUAAUUUUUAUGUUUUUUAGUUCUUUCUCUCCGUUUCUUUCUCUCGAAUGUGCAUAACAUAUCAGAUUCAUCAGAUCAAUUUUGCUAAAUGAGAAUUGAAUCAAGUUUUAUUCUUAAAAAAAAUUAAAUGUGUCUAUAUUAUACAUAUAAUUUAUCCUGGGAAAACGUACUCCCACGUUAUUCUAUUGGUUGCGUGAAUAUCGGUAUUUCGGCGAAUCGCAUUCAUGCUACAUUCACAGAUUGUCGAACAAGUAAACUAGACCGUGACAUUACCACAUUUAUGUUGAUCUUUGUCUCACGUCGGUACACGCAACUCGGCUGCGAGCAUGAAAGAACCGGUGCGUCUGAAGAACACAGAUUGCUUACAACUGCAGCAGAUAAAAGACUCUCUCCGUAAAUCUGAGAGAAUCACUUUAUCACUCGAUUCAUUACGAGAAGAAUAUCCCGCUGAAAGCAGAGGUGGCGACAGUAAAAAUGAUGAAGCGUGCGAAUUGUCAUUAUACAGCUCGCCCCUUUUUAUCUCUUUACCAGUAAGGACUGAAGACUUGAUUGCUGAAGUCAUUAUCCCUGACUUUAUGAUGAUUCCCGGUCUAGAAGUUAUAAUAGCCAGCAAACAGAUGGAAAGUUUUAUACGCAAUGAUCGUAGAUUUUUUUUUGUCAGUUUCAAUAACGAUCACUCUCUCUUUAUCGCGUCUACAAGUUUUGCUUAAAUUCAAAGUAGAAGAAAACAAUCUUUUUAAUCGAAUUUUACUGUGGAGAUUUUUUAAAUACAAUCUUCUAAAUUGAAAUUAUUUACAUUUUAAAGAUUAAUAACAGUAACCUUAAUAAUAAUAAAUAACUUAAAAACUGUUAUAACUUUAUACUUGUUAUAUAAAGGAAUAUAAUUAAAAUUAAAUCAUGUGUGAAAUUAAAUGCAUUACUCGUAGUAUAUAAUGCGUGCAAUAAACUCUUCUACAUUAGUACAUGUUAUCUUAAUUUGUUAAUAAUUCUCUGUAUACGAUCUUCAUCUUAUCUUGAAAUUAUACAUGUAAUAUUUACGAUAAUUAGGAAAUAUAAAAAAUUACGCCUAAAUAUAAUUUAUUACGUAAUAUUAUUUUAAAUAUUUUAUUUCAACGCAUCUUUUAAAUAAUAAUUUUAUCAAAAAAUGAAAUAAUUGUACAAUACAUUAUGAAACAUUAAAUAUCAUUAAACACCGAAAAAGAUUGAUUUCAAUUUUACAGCUACAAAUGUGUAUGCGAGUUUGACUCGUUUCGUCUAUACAUUUUAUUAUAAUACAACCUCAUUUGUACUGAUGUACGAAUUAUAUGCAUACGUUAAUUAACAAUGGUUUUUGAAAAAAUUUCUAAUUUUCAAAAUUAGAGGAAACGGUGAUAAUUACAAAGGAAUUACCUCGUCGUGUGUUCUACGGCGGGUGUCACUGUCACGACACGUUUGUAUGAGCGUAUAAUAGUCUUCAGCAUGACGAGAUAAUUAAUACGCGGACGAUUAGCGUGUUACCUACCCAGAAAUCCGGGGUAUAAGUAUACCGCAAAUUAUCUACCUAACACAAAGUUUUGACAAUUUACUUCGCGCAUAUCAAAGUCAGUAAACGUCAGGAAAAUUGGGGUCGGGAUCACACUCUUGGCGUCGUAUCUAUCAUAUAUCAAUGCAGAUGCAGCUGGCAUUUGCACGUGCAAGCGUGCACCUAAAUACAGCGAACAGCUAGAGUUAACGUAAUGAGGAGAAGGGAGAAAGUAGUGCCGUAGUAUAUAAAGAGUUGGCCGUGACUUUGAAAGCAUCGUAGAUUCUGUUGCGCGUUCCACGGACGAGUAUCGUAGAACCAAUUACCUCGACGGUGUCUUUAUCGCGCGAUUUCGCAAAUCAUGAAGCUUUUUAUACUUGCCACAAUGGUGGCCGUAGUGUGGGCUUCCUACGAGGAGGACCACGGUAGUACUACCUAUCACGAAACUUCCAAGCCAGUGGAGAUACCGAUCUACAAGAAAUACGCGAUCCCAAUUCCGCAUCCGGUUGCCGUCCCGGUGCCCCAGCAAAUUAAGAUUCCGAUACCUCAGCCCUAUCAGGUCCAAAUCGCAGUUCCACAUCCGGUGCCUGUGGAAGUUGUCAAGCACAUCGAGAUACCUAUUGAAAAGCCGGAACCGUACGUCGUAGAGAAAAGGGUACCAUAUGUCGUUGAGAAGCCGUACCCAGUGACAGUAGAGAAGCACUUUCCAGUGCCAAUACCUAAACCAUAUCCAGUCCAUGUGCCGGUGUACAAGCACGUUUUCCAUCAUAAGAACUCGGGAGGACACCGGGGGCACUGGAAGAAGCACUGAUUCAUAAAUUUGGAAGACUCAUCUCAGUAUCUUUAUACCAAAAAUAGCGACAAGCGUUACACAAGCAACAUUAGGUCGUAAGCGUUGUGAUGUUUGUACAUAGUUUAUUGUUAUAGUUAUAACAUUUAUGCCUGUUGUGUUUAAAUAAAUUGUUUCUUCUCAUA